AUGGACGAGCGGCUGCGGGAGCUGCGGCUGCAGGAGGAGAGGACCUUCCUGCGGAGCAUGGCGCGGGAGGAGGCCGCGGAGCAGCCCCCCGGCCGGCGGGACAGCCGGGCACCGGCCAUCGUCCCCGAGCCCCUCGACGCCACCCUCUGCGUGCCCAACAGCCCCAAGUCGCACAGGGACCUGGGCCUGAUCGCGGAGGCGGUGGGACGCAGCGAGUUCCUGCGGCGCCUGGGCGAGGGCUGCCCCGAGACGCUGGCCCAGAGCUUUGCCCCCGUCUGGCACGGCCCCGGCGACACGGUGCUGGCCGAGGGCACCGAGGGCACCGCCAUGUACAUUGUGGCAGAGGGGCAGCUCAGCGUGAGCCAGCGGGGCCGGCAGCUCCGCACGCUGGGGCCGGGGGACGUGUUCGGGGAGCUGGCCAUCCUCUACCACUGCAAGCGCACGGCCACCGUGCGGGCGCUCGGCCCCGUGCGCCUCUGGGCCAUCGACAGGCAGCGGUACCGCGCCAUCGCCACCAGCAACGCCAAGCAGCGACGAGCGGAGAUCCUGGGCUCCCUGCGGACGGUGCCCUGGCUGCGGGACCUCUCCGACAGCCACCUCUCCAAGCUGCUGGAUGCCAUGGAGGAGUGCACCUUCGCGCCCGGCCACGUCAUUAUCCACGAAGGGGAUGAGGGGGAAAACUUCUACAUCAUCCUGAAGGGAGAGGUGCGGGUGAGCCGGCGGGUGGACGGGCAGGAGAAGGUGAUCCGCGUCCUGGGUGCCGGCGAGCACUUCGGGGAGCUCUCCCUGCUGCAGAACACCCGCCGGACGGCGUCGUGCCAGGCCCAGGGACACGUCACCUGCAUCACCGUGGCCAAGGAAGACUUCCUCGAGAUCAGCCCCUUCUGCCCCCGGCAGCUCGCGGAGCCGGGCUGGGGGUCCCCGAGCCUGCGGCAGCCCCCGGCACCGGUGCGGCUGGAGGACCUGGUGGCCGUGCGCUACGAGGAGGGGCAGCGGCAGGGCCAGCGCGUCGUCCUGGGCACCGGGGGCUUCGGCAGGGUCGAGCUGGUGCGGUGCCGGGAGCGGCUCUUCGCGCUGAAGCGGAUCCGCAAGGACUGGGUGGUGCGGACGCGGCAGCAGGAGCACGUGCGCACGGAGCGGCGGGUGCUGGCGGGCAACCGCAGCCCCUUCGUCGUGGGGUUUUUCGGCACCUUCCGGGACGGGCAGUAUGUCUACCUACUGCUGGAGUUCUGCCAGGGCGGCGAGCUGUGGACCAAGCUGCGCGAGGUGCGCUGCUUCGAGGAGCCACUGGCUGUGUUCUGCUGCGCCUGCGUGGUGGAGGGCCUCGAGUACCUGCAUGGCCGCGGCAUUGUCUACCGGGACCUGAAGCCCGAGAACCUCAUGCUGGACCAGCACGGCUAUGUCAAGCUGGUCGACUUCGGCUUCGCCAAGGAGCUGGGGCGGGGGGAGAAGACCUACUCCUUCUGCGGGACCCCCGAGUACCUGGCGCCCGAGAUGCUGCGCCAGGAAGGCCACGACUUCGCCAUCGACUUCUGGAUGCUGGGCAUCCUCGUCUUCGAGCUGCUGGUGGGCAGGCCCCCCUUCCACAGCGCCGACCCCCAGAUCUACAGCCGCAUCCUGGACGGCAUCUUCUCCUUCCCCGCCUUCCUCGGCGAGGCUGCCUGCUCCCUCAUCGCCAAGCUCUGCAGGCGCCGUCCGGGGCAGCGCCUGGGGAACACGGCCAGCGGCAUCCGUGGCAUCAAGAAGCACAGGUGGUUCGGGGCCCUGAAUUGGAGGAAGCUCUUGCUGCGGCAGCUGGAGGCACCCACCCUACGGCUCAUCAAGGAGGGACCCCCCUACGUCAACUUCAAGCGUUUCUCGGUCGACUGGACGCCAGCAGAGGACGAGUUCUCGGGGUGGGACGAGGAUUUCUGA